AUGAAUAAAAAACGAAAUUAUAAUGAUUUAUUGAUAUGUAAUCGUCUGAAAAAGAAAUAUAAAGACAAUUUCCCUUCACUUGAGGAAAUAUAUACUUCUACAUUAGCCAAAUUAUAUUCAGCUCAAAAUACAGUCAUUAAUCAUUUAAUUGAAGAAAAAAAACCUGAUAUACAACCAUUACAAUGUGAUGACUGUGAUCAAGUCAUUAUUCCUACAUCUGAUAUCCUACUUAAUCUUAACGAUUAUUCUUGUAUCGCCUGUCACCAUAUUGUCUGUGACAUAUGUCGAGUAAUACAGUAUAUAUAA